GCGGCGAUGGUGACUGGGCAGCGGCGCUGGGCUGGGUCCUGGGCGAGGAGGCUCGGCGGCCUCUUUCUUUCUCUGCCUCCGCCCCUCUCUCUCCUCCCUCAGUGCUAGCCCCAGCAGCGGCGGCGGCCGAGGUUGGCGCUCUUGCCUCGUCUUCUCCUUCUCCUCCCCCACCCCGUGGACCCUCUCCCCUCCCCUCCCUCGCCCCCACCUCUUGCCGCCUCCUCCUCUCACUCCUGCUUCCUUCUCCUUCCCCGAGCCUCCGACCCGUGCACGGGAGAGGUGGCUGCAGGGACGCGUAACGGAAAGCCCGGGCUUGGAGAAGGCUGCAGGUUCGGAGCCGGAGACGCCGAGCCGGAGUUCCGGUAAAUUGGGAAACUGACUGUUGAGUUCACAGCUGGCCUGUAAUUUCUGCAUCUCAUCAGGGAGCACAUCCUCAUACAGUUUGUUUCUCCAGGUGGCAUUUUUCUGAAGCUGUUCAUUGAGACUCCCCAGCAUUCCUGUGGAGUAUAAGUAGGUGUGCCGCGGCGGGGGCGCCCGCCUGGGGGAGCCGGCAUGAGUCGGUGUGAGUGCUGAGCGCGAGGGGCCCGGCCUGCGGACGGCGCUGCGGGAGGAAGAAAAGCAAAGCAGCCACGGGCUGUGUGAGUGAACGACCAGAGCAGCCAACUUCCUUCUGAGGGCUGCCGGAGCCUCCCAGCUCCUUUCCCUGCUGGCUGUCAGUUUUUAUUAACCCCGUGGACUCCUGGCUCGUUUUCCACCUGGAACAUCAAUAUGUGUCAUGUCAUUGUCACCUGUCGCUCCAUGCUCUGGACUCUCCUGAGUAUCGUGGUGGCCUUUGCAGAACUCAUUGCCUUCAUGAGCGCAGACUGGCUAAUCGGUAAAGCCAAGACUCGCAGCAAUGCUGAGCCGGACAACCAGACUGGAGGCCCCGCAGAACCCUACCACCCCACCUUGGGCAUCUAUGCACGCUGCAUCCCGAACCCCGGCGUGCAGCACGUCCAGCGGGAGACGCUGUGUGGUCCCUACGCUGAGAACUUUGGCGAGAUUGCCAGUGGCUUCUGGCAGGCCACUGCUAUUUUCUUAGCUGUGGGGAUCUUCAUUCUCUGCAUGGUGGCCUUGGUGUCUGUCUUUACCAUGUGUGUGCAAAGCAUCAUGAAGAAAAGUAUUUUCAACGUCUGUGGGCUGUUGCAAGGAAUCGCAGGUCUGUUCCUUAUCCUCGGUUUGAUAUUCUACCCUGCUGGCUGGGGGUGCCAGAAGGCCAUUGGCUACUGUGGACACUAUGCAUCUGCCUACAAGCCUGGAGACUGCUCCUUGGGCUGGGCCUUUUAUACCGCCAUUGGGGGAACGGUGCUCACCUUCGUCUGCGCUGUCUUCUCCGCACAAGCAGAAAUUGCAACCUCCAGUGACAAAGUACAGGAAGAAAUCGAAGAGGGGAAAAACCUUAUCUGCCUCCUUUAGCUUGGAAGAGAAACAUUAAUGUCAUUUUCUUCCUUGUGUAAUCCUGUGAAACAAUCCAUCUCUCAUUUCAUUGUUUGAGUCAAGUGGGGAACUAGCCUUUAUCUACCAAAGCCACAUUCCACAGCCCCAGGCCUUAACAGGACCAACGAGAGGCAACAUCCAGCUAAGCAGUUACUGAACAGGAGGGCUCAGUGCAUAGUUUAAGGGACAGAAGAUGAAAACAGUAUAUAAACCCUGACCUGUAGUUGACAAUUCUGUCAGACUCCCAUCUUCCCCAGGGCUCCUGAAGGAUAAAAAUCUAAAUCCUUAAGGCAGUAGUUUCUCUCAUAACAGAAGACACCUCUAGCCAGAUUUGCAAGUUGUUUUGAGACAUUUUUCUGCCACAAGGUUGUGUGUCUGUGAGCAUCCCUGCCUCAGAAAGAGGUUUGGGGUUAGUGUUCUGUUUUCCGCUAAUUCUUUCAACUUGUCUCAAGUGGAGACUGACAUGAAGACGACAAACUUACUGGGGGUAGGAUAUCUGCUAAAGGGCAUAGCAAGACAUCCUGUUGUGGAACAUAUUCUAGGCUGAAUUCCAGGUUAAGUGGAUCAACUGAACUGUCACUCCAAGAUUUCAGAAAUUUGAGUCAAGAAAAAACUAAGGGCCUGUACAAUCAUACGAGGAUAAAAGGAAAAAUCCUGUUAAUGAAAUGAAGACAAAUUCAUUCCUUUUCCCAGCAACCAGGCUUGUGCCAAUAAUGGCCUAGUCAGUCUCCUCUUCCGCUGUAGAUCACGUGUUUCUCCCAGUGCUAGGAUUGUGCUUUGAUGCCAAAGGAAACCUCACUCUUUCCUCAUUCCAGAGACAAGAGGUCUCCAAGCCAGCUGUGGCUCAUUCGGAUGUUCACUGGGAAGACUUGCCAAAAUUUCAGCACUUGUGGGAAGACCUUUUCCCACUGUUUGGUAACUGUGUUGCAGCUGCCGUAUUUCUAACCCCAGCAACAGGAGAACGGCAUUCUUCACUGAAAAAGAGAGCUAGGCAGGGAAGUUUUUCUAUUACUGCUAUUGAUUCUGAGAGGAGACUGAAAUAACAUUAAAUAGCAGCAAUUGGUAUGUUGCAUCAAAGUCUUUCUUCCCAAGAAAGUAGAGUAGAGCAUUAAUGCAAAAUUAAGAGCUAGACCAAGCUCAAAGCACCUGUCUGUACCUGUUUACAAAAAGAAUUGAACACCACUAUUAAAAAGGAUUCAGGAACUUUUAACCUAGUUUCCAUAAAUUACCAAUAUAAUUAUUUCAGUGAGGAAAAUGGUAUUUAGCCACCUCAAAUUUACUUCAGAAUGAUUAAAGCAGGCAGAAAGAACCUAGUCUGGCACUACAAGCUUCAGAAUUGCAGAAUGAUUUAGAAGCGUUCCUUAGCAACUCAAGCAAGUAGAGUGGACCUGCCAGAUUUCUGGAAGGAUAAAAGUAUAGAGGUCUCUUUGGGUUCAUGAACCUGCUCACUUGAGGACUUUGUUUUGAAAGUUUAACAAAUAACUACUAAGCACCUUCUAGGUUAUGUGAAAGGUAUUGUGUGCUAAAUGCCACGAGGUAAGAACCGUGACUCAGGCUUGACAACCUUGCCCCAAGUGAGUCAUUUUAAAGCAGUCAAUCUAAAACCAUGCAGAACAAAUAAUUGCUAUAUGUAUAUGGAAUGGAGCAACUAAAGUAUUGUUCAAUUUGUCUUUAGGCCUAUACCAUCUUACCACACAGACAAGAGCUAAGUAAGAGCUGGGGGUGGGAGGUGGGUAGAACCAGAUCUUAAGGAGUUCACCAUUCUUGGACCAAAGUUUAGAGUAAGAAGCUAUAAAUCCUAUGACUUUUUUUUUUUUUUUUUUAAGAAAAGGGGUAAAUAGGUAUCCUCAUAGCAAACUACAGUAAAGGGCACAGGAAAAAUUAACUGUGUCUCUAAUAGCACAUGGAAAUAGGCUAUGGGAACCACUGGACAGGCACCUGUACCUGAUUAUAAUGUUCUAACAAAGUUAACUGAUAAAUCGAGAAAAUCUCUGAACAUGUCCAUGAUCAUCCUUAAUGACUGCUCUUUGGCUAAGGCAGUGGUACCCACAGAUAAAUCUGUUAACAGUCAGAAGUGAAAAUGUGUCCUCUUAGCCAGAAUAAACUUACCUGACAGUGUUUAUCUCAUUAGUUUGCUACAGAAUACCAAAAAAACACAUAUAAAAAACCCCAAACCACUGAAACCUACCUAAACGCUGACUUAUUAAGUAAGAGGAGAUGGUUUUCUCUAACAGAGGAUAAAAAGGUAAUGUUGGGCCUUUUAAACUUUCACUCCAUCAGAUGGGUUUGGUUGGGAGGAAUGAAAUAAUGAGACACAACAUCUCUUUCCAACAUCUAAAAUCAUACUACAGACUAAAAGCUCUCUUGCAUAGCUAUAUAACAACCACUCAACAUGAGGAACAUGCUAGAAAGAAAUUUGUAAAGCAAUUAGACUGAUUGUUGGCCCACACCUAAUUUUCUAAUAACUUUCUUUCAGCCACCUGAUCACCUCAUUCUAAAAAUCUAAUGUACUGGACCACUAUUACUACCAGGAAGGUCUUAUUUAUUUUUGCCUGCAUUUGUGCUUAAAGAAAGUUUCAUAAUGAGCUGAGUUUCUCAAUGAUUUCCAAAGAGGCAAAAAUAUUUGCUUUGGAUUCUGUGGAUUCUUUAAACCUGUGUGCUAAUUCAACAAUGUUGCAUUAACUGUGUAAGGGUUCUUGUAUAGUUUUCAAACAUCUGUGGUGUGAUGAUCUUUGUUAAACAUGUAUUCUUUAAAGUGCCAUAGUCUUUUUUUUUUAUGUGUAGCAUAUUUAAAAAUGUAUAUAUAUAUAAAAUACAUACACAAGUCUGUAUGAAAGAUGUGCAAUAACAAAGGUGUAUGUUUUGUUUUUUUUUUUGGAAACUGGAUAGGUGUCACUACAGAGAUGUUUCUGUUUUGGCAAAGGAGAGUUACACACUUUUGCCUUCAUGGCCUAGUCAUUAACGCAUAACAAUUUUAAUGCUACACAAAUCUUAUGUGAAGAAAAGACUGGUAUGAAAUAAUUUUUUCCUGGGUCUAAAUUAAAAUAAUCACUAGAUUUAUGUGAAUGUCAAGCCAGCACGCCAGGCCCAGUUAAUGCUAGUCUUUCAUGUGAAAUGUGAAGCUGCCACGUUGCCUUUUCUGUUAGUGUGGUAACUAGUAGUUGGUACAUGAUCACAAAGGAGCUAUUUCUUGACAUGCUUUUAUAGGCCAUGUUAAUGCUAGACCACUAUUUAAGGGCUAAUCUCACACCCUUUUUAGCCAUGAGAGUCUCGCUUAGAACAGACCUCUAUGUGCAAUAAUGUGGCUCUUGGAAGUCCCUGGCCUGCAUUUGUAUUUGGGUGGCAAUGGUUCCCAAGGGCCAAAGGAAUUAAAGGCAAGACUGGGAUUUCUUCUCAGACUGUGGUGAAGCUCCUUCCAAGGUUGGGGGUCAUUAGGUGCUUUGGAGGAACUCAGCACUAUAUGAAAUUCAACAGCCAUUUGAGCCAAUUAUAAAACUGUUUUUACAGCUGAUGGACUCAAUUUGAGCCUUCAAAUUUGUGGUUAUCCUAUUGUAAACUAAAACAUUGUCUAGCAUUGAUUAGGUUUCUGUGCAUAUGUAUGUUCACAACCUGCUCCCCACCUCCUCCCCAGAUCUGAAUUAAAUCAAAUUUUGCAAACU